AUGGAAAAUGAUAUUAUUGUCGCGCUUGAGGAUUUAGGGUAUCAAGGCCCACUGAUGGAGGACGGGGCUCUGGACGCAGCUGUGAAUGGUGGGGCUGCCUCGCCGGAGUUUACAAAGCUCUGUGCUUGGAUUGUCUCGGAGCUCAGACUUUACACCAAACUGGAGGAGAAUGUCCAUGCCACAAGCUGUCCAAGUGAAGCAGAGGGCUUUCAGCUGGAGAUGAGUGGUUUGUUGUCAGAGGUCGCUUGCCCUUACUCUGCCCUCACAAGUGGAGAUGUUACCCGAAGACUUCUCAGCAAGAAUGACUGUCUGCUGCUGCUCUCUUUUCUGAUUUCGGAGCUGGAGGCUUCAAGGAUGAUCUUGAUAAAUAGACCCCAGAAGAAAGCCCAGGAGUCUGGUAGCCCUGCCUUCCAAGAACUGAAGGGCAUCUGCAUGGCACUUGGCAUGUCCAAGCCUCCAGCCAACAUUGCGAUGUUCCAGUUCUUCAGUGGCAUCGAGAAGAAGCUGAAAGAAGCCGUCAGUCGAGUACCACCAAAUCAUAUCGGAGAGCCUUUGUUGAAGAAACCUUUCGGCCCUGUGCACAUGGAGAAAAUUGAAGCCAUCAACCAAGCACUUGUAAAUGAGUAUGAAAUGAGAAGGAAGAUGUUGUUGAAACGUCUGGAUGUGACAGUGCAGUCUUUUGGUUGGUCAGAUAGAGCAAAGACGCAUGCUGGGAAUUUGGCUAAAGUUUAUCAGCCUCUACGUUCCGCCCUUGUUACCAAAAGCAAAAUAUCAGUUGCACACCUUCUUGCAGCUCGACAAGACUUCUCGAAAAUUUCACGCACAAGCUUUGGCAGGUUGAGAGAGAAGACAGCUUGCGCCAUUAAUAAGGUUUUAAUGGGGCGAGUGCCAGACAGAGGAGGCCGUCCCUGUGAAAUUGAGCCUCCACCUCCAGAAAUGCCUUCAUGGCAAAAGCGGCAGGAUGCCCCCCAGAGCAGUGGACACUAUGGUGGCGGUGGGCACGGUGGCAGCAGAGGCAGUUAUGAUCAUUAUUCCCAAGGCAACCGGGGGGGCUAUGAGAGGGGUGGAGGAGAAAGGGGCGGCAGGGGAGGAGGCAGAGGUGGUAGGAUACAAGGAGGCUGGGGGGACGGAGGUGGAGGAGGGAGAGGUGGUUACAACAAGGGCCAGUAUCAAGAUUCAGGGGUUCAUCAGGGGGGAGGCGGAACGAGAGGUGCUUACAGAGGAGGCGGGAACAAUCAAGGAGGCCCCCAGGAGUCCAGCCACCAUUCAGGCUACAAUGACAAUUACCACCAGAAUGGAAACUGGCACCAAGAGAGAGGCGGCAGUAGAGGAGGCAGGGGAAGAGGAGGCCGAGGAGGCUGGGGAGGGAGAGGAGGCCAGAAUUUUAACCAAGGAGGGCAGUUUGAACAGUAUUUUCAACAUGGCGGCCAGAACUACAACCAAGCUGGCUUUAAUCAAAGCCGUCACUACACUAGUUGA